GGAAAGAGGAGCCAAAGGCCAGAUUUCCACUUUCAGCAGUUUUAUUUCAACUGUUAACCAGAAGAAAGAAGCCGCUGAAAACAGAAGUUCACCUACACAUCUUGUUUUCCCUAACAUCAAGAAUGUGAGAGACCUACCACCAAUUUGUCUUGAUGUUAGACAAAAACAGCGCCUCUCUUUAGAUGCAUUAUCAUCUGAAAUGAAGGCCCCAGUUCUUCCCGAACCUAUCCUUCCUACCCAGUCCAAAACAAUGAAAGACUUUCAGGAAGAUGUAGAAAAAGUUAAGACAUCAGGAGAUUGGAAAGCAGUACAUGAUUUUUAUCUAACAACAUUUGAUUCUUUCUCAGAACUAAAUGCAGCAUUUAAGAAAGAUGCCAUCACUUCAUUUAAUACCAUAGAAGACUCUGGGAUUAAUGCUAAGUUUGUGAAUGUUGUAUAUGAUGCAUUACUUAAUACUCCUCAAGAUAUUCAGAAGACAGUAUUAAAGGGAAUCAUUAAUAGCCUGUUGCGAGAAUGGAAAGGUCCACGAACAAAAGAUGAUCUUAGAGCAUAUUUUAUACUAUUACAGAAUCCUCAGUUUAAUAACACAUCUACGUAUGUCAUCUAUGCUCACUUGCUACGACAAAUAACUACCUUAGUGGAAGCUGACCAUCAUUUCCUAGUCCACUGGUUUAAAAAAUUAUCCCAGAAGAGGUUCAAACAAUUGGUAGAAAGAUUGCUGCAAUUUAUUUCUUUACGUCUGUUUCCUGCAAAGCCUGAAGAAUUUCCACCUAUCACCAAGUGCUCCUGGUGGAUCCCAUCAGCAUCAAAAGUGCUGGCUUUACUUAAUACUGCAAACAAUUUGGUUCAUCCUUCCCUUAUUCCUUAUACCGAUUUCUAUAAUUCUACAUUGGAUCACAUUGAUCUCAUGGAAGAAUACCAUACGUGGCAGAGCUUUGGAAACUCUCACAGGUUUUCCUUCUGUCAGUACCCCUUCGUUAUCUCUAUAACUGCAAAAAAAAUCAUUAUUCAAAGAGACUCAGAACAACAGAUGAUAAGCAUCGCAAGGCAAAGUCUGGUGGAUAAAGUAUCUCGAAGACAAAGACCUGAUAUGAAUAUGCUGUUUCUAAAUAUGAAAGUAAGACGGACACAUCUGGUUAGCGAUUCACUUGAUGAGUUAACCCGGAAAAGAGCAGACUUGAAAAAGAAGUUAAAAGUUACAUUUGUAGGGGAAGCUGGUUUGGAUAUGGGUGGUUUGACUAAGGAAUGGUUCCUGCUGCUAAUUCGCCAAAUUUUUCAUCCAGAUUAUGGCAUGUUUACAUAUCACAAGGAUUCACAUUGCCAUUGGUUUAGCAGCUUUAAAUGUGAUAACUAUUCUGAAUUCCGAUUGGUUGGAAUUCUUAUGGGACUAGCUGUUUAUAACAGCAUUACCUUGGAUAUUCGUUUCCCGCCCUGCUGUUACAAGAAAUUACUGAGCCCUCCUGUUGUUCCUAGUGAUCAAAAUAUACCAGUGGGCAUCUGCAGUGCUACCACUGAUGACUUAUGUCAAAUUAUGCCAGAAUUGGCCCAUGGAUUAAGUGAACUCCUAUCAUACGAAGGCAACGUGGAAGAAGAUUUCUAUUCAACAUUCCAGGUUUUUCAAGAAGAAUUUGGAAUAAUUAAGUCCUAUAAUUUAAAGCCAGGUGGUGAUAAAAUUCCAGUUACCAAUCAAAAUAGGAAAGAAUAUGUACAACUUUACAUUGACUUCCUUCUCAACAAAUCCAUCUAUAAGCAGUUUGCUGCAUUUUAUUAUGGAUUUCAUAGUGUAUGUGCUUCAAAUGCCCUCAUGCUGCUUCGUCCAGAAGAGGUUGAGAUUCUGGUCUGUGGAAGUCCUGAACUGGAUAUGCAUGCACUACAAAGAAGCACUCAGUAUGAUGGCUAUGCAAAAACGGAUUUAACUAUCAGAUAUUUUUGGGAUGUUGUGCUCGGAUUUCCUCUUGAUCUUCAAAAGAAGUUGCUACAUUUUACUACAGGAAGUGACAGAGUGCCUGUAGGAGGAAUGGCAGAUUUGAAUUUUAAAAUCUCAAAGAAUGAAACUUCUACAAACUGGUUGCCUGUGGCGCACACCUGCUUCAAUCAACUUUGCCUCCCCCCCUACAAGAGCAAAAAGGAUCUGAAACAGAAACUGAUCAUCGGAAUUUCAAAUUCAGAAGGAUUUGGACUUGAGUAAUCUAAAAGACUUGAAAUAUAUUCUAUAUGUAGCAUUCACUUCCCUCUUAUUGUGCCUUUAACCUUUUCAUGUUUGUCUCAAAACACCUUGACUAAGCUCACCAACUUUAGAAUAAUUAUUUUUUUUUAAAUCAGUUAUGAAGUAUGGUCAGUGGAAGUGGAGAAGGCAUGGUUUUCUAAAAACAGAAAUAGCUUAAAUAAGGAAAAGACCGGGUUGCAUAGUAGGAGUGGGUCCAGUUCCUCUUUUUUAUAGGACUUUAUCAUUUUCCAUAAGUAGUUUGUCACAGGUAUUCCACUGGAAAAAGUAAGUGUGGUAAAGAGUGCAUCAGUGAUAGAGUGGCAACACAGCUACAUUAGCAACACAGCUACAUUAGCAUUAAUGUAAGGCAUGUAGCCAUAUUUUCAUAUAGAGGUAAACAACAGUAUAAUAGCAAAUGCAAUUCACAGGGUUUUUUGAUAUACUGGCUUUGGUCCUAUAAGAUUCUUUUCAACUGUUGCUGAAAAGCAUGUAAAUAACUACAUAAUAGCCUGAGAAUAAUGGGAUUUUGAUAGUGCCAUUUAUUGCUAAAGAUUUAUUUUUACAAAGUAAAUUCUGGAUUUUAGAUGUGUAUACAGCUUUUACAAAUCAAUAAAGAUGAUUGUACAAGAGUGUAACUAUUUUCAGACUAAUUGGAUUUAAGGUUAUAUUCUUUUAAGUGUUAGUGUUAGUCUGCAUGCACACUGGCAGUAAACUAAUUUCUUUCAGUACUCUAUAUAAUAUUUGUAUGAUGAUCACUACUUCUUAAGGGUCACAAUAUUAAAAAGGAAAUCAGAUCUAACUAAUCAUUGAUAAAUCAACUACAAGCACAAAAGAAAACUUUUAUAUAUACUUUGAUUGAUGUACAAGGCUUAAUUUCUAAUAUUUUUUGACCACCAGUUGUAUUGAAACACUAAUUUUUGGACAAGACAGAAUAAGAUAUUUGACAAAAGUAAAUAUAAUGAUAACAUUUGUAUAAUAAAAUGAUACAGUGUGGUAUAAAAAUAAACUCAACAUUUUAGCCACAAUGUUUGUUUUUCACUGGAUUCUGAACCUAGUAAAUGCAGAAGUACCCUUUUUGGAGUUUCUAAUAAAGUAGCAUGUAAAAAGAAAUUGCAUUUUAAGUCGGACAGUAAAUGGGUUUUCUUUUUAUUUCUCAGCAAAUGAAGCAGUUUUAUUAGCAUGUUACAGAUAUUUCCAAAUUGUUGUCUAUUAUAUUUUACUAGCUUUCCUUCAGAAAAUCCUGAAGAUCUAUUUGCAAUAAUAAUGAGCCAGCCUUUAGUACCAGCAUAUGGUUCACAUGCAAAUAAUAGUUUCCCAACAUUUUUCUGAGUUACACUAUUUUCUUAUUGCUCUGUUUCCUGCACCCAACCAGCAGCAUUCUCUUAGGGUGGAGGAAUUAAUCAACUUGUUCUGCACUUCUGAAACCAGUUUACCUUUGAAAAAGGUAAAAGGAAAAAGAGUUACUUUACUCUUCUCCCUGAUAUAAAAGUUACUCUACUUUUCCAUUUCAAUAUAUUAUUUAAAGGAUUUUUCUUCUUAAAAAUCUUGGGAAGUCUAAGAGUGAAAGGAAUGUUGGUUUUGGGGUUUUUUUGUUGCUAUUGUGCUAUUUUUAAUCUACAUGCAAAUAAAACUGCUUCUCUCUUACACUGCUUGAACUAGAAAGUAAGAUGUUUAAUGUAGGUUACUAGUAACUAAUAAGCACAAAGAAUUAUGUAUAAGAAACAAGACUUAAGUGUUUUAAAUAAAAUGUAAACAGUUUUUAUUUGAUAGAGAUGGAAAAAUUGUGUUGGCUUGGUCUGCAUGUUUAAUGAUGUGCUUAUAUAUCAAUAACUAUGUUACUUUUAAAUAAGUACACAAACAAGCCAAAUUUUUAAAUGACAGAGUCCAUAAAUAACUGGAAAUUUUUGUCUGUUGUUAUUAAGUUGAAAUUUAUAAACAUGUAUCACUAAAUUGCACAUUGCCUUUAUUUGUGCUGUUUUUGGUUUACAGUGUAAUAAUACCUCAUUUUUUAAAAAACCACUACUGUUCUAUUUUGUUAAUUUAAACAGCUAGAAAAUUCAUGUAGUUGCUUUUUUAUACAUACUCUGUUCAUGAAUUCUUGGUUUUUGUAUCUGCCACAGUAUUUAUCAGCAACGAAAGCAUUGCACAGUAUUUAUCAGUACUUGCAAAAUGUCCUGUCCUUUUUUAAUCUUUGUUUAAUCAUAUUUUUGUCUGUAUGAUCAGAAAUUUUUAAUAGUCCCUCAUUUUUGUACAAAUCUGUAUUGUAUUGCUGUUAAUUUCCAGAUCAAAUUUUUCAAAUAUUAAAGUUAUACAAUCAACCUGACUUCAGUUCAUUAUUUGAAUAUUAGGCAGUCAAAACCAUAAGUUAAAAA